GAGAUAAUUGGGAUAUCUACAGUAUUAUAAAAAGGACGACAAAGGGCACCUAUUUGUUUUCUCCCGUUCAGAAAGCAAUUGCAAUUCAAUCAAUACUCACAAGAUGGCAACAACCAUGUCUCAUUUUCGGGAGCCUGAAUCCAUACAUCAUGAAGCGACCAUACCGCCGUCUAAAUAUACACGCUUCCACCUCCCGGGGUUUACACUUCCUGUGGAUUGGAAACCUCAUGGUUCAAGGACAGAAUAUGGAUACCUGGACCGUAAGAGACAUAUACACGGUCCGGAAGGAUAUGGGGAAGAAUUGUUCCCAACAGCGUUGGAUGAGAGUGAUCAUCACAGUGGUUAUGCAUCGUACAGACUGAUCACGCUUCGUGAAUUGACUAUGCUCCAAAUCAUGAACCAGAUUACGGAUAAGCCGAAUUGGGAUGAAAAGGUCUUUGACGAGGAUAUCGUCAGCCGCUGGAGAGAGGAAGUGCGCCGGGGGAGUGAUGUGACUGAUCGCAUGAUGGACUACGUGAUCGCAGAGCUGCGACAUAACGUCAAGAGCUUUCGAGAGACUGGUCUAGUGAGUGUCUACGAUGGUGGUGUGGUCAAAUCGGACUCUGCAGUGACAGAGUCUACCCGCCUCGCCCUGAAAGAAGCGGUUCGGCCUCUGGAGGAUGUCCCCGAGAAAGAUUAUCAUCCCGGAAGCGAGGAGAAGGUACUCGACCUAGUCCAUCCAUCCCUAUUCCCACUGGUAUAUGGUCGCAGCCGCAUCCUACGGGAUGAGGUGAUCGAUCUCGACAACUGUUUAUCACACACCGGAAGGGGUGAAGUGCUGCCAGUCCCUGAAUACCAUGAUCCUGCUCCUCGCAGCACACGCCCGUAUGGCAUGGCACAUACCACGAAACUAUAUAGUGACCGGUUUCAGUGGCUCCCUUGUGAUGUUCAACUCACCGGUGAAUCCGACUGCAAGAUCACGAGCUACAUUAACAAUUUGCAUCCUAUCAAGCAUAAAGCGCUAUAUCCCAUCAUUGAGGAUAUCAUCGCUCGCGCGAUUCCCUUGUGGAACCUGACUGUUACUCCCUUGGACCGCCGUCUUCGCUUCAAAGCAAGGCAUCGGCGCAUCAAGUACAAAAAGGCGCAGUAUGAAAAGUUGCCUGAGGAUGAGCGGCCACAGCAAAGAGAGGAUGAACCUGAUGAUGACUUCUGGGAACGAGAAUCACAAUGGGAAGCCAAUAACAGAGUUGUCAUUCUCCCGGAACCGGAGGAAUUUGUGCCUCACGAUUUCCCUAAAGUGGACAUUCGAGAGCUGGCAAAAGAGAGAGGAUUGCAGGUAAUCGUGAAACUAGCCAACGUCGAACUUACUCCCGAGAAACCAGAGUACGACGGAGGUUCAUGGCAUGUGGAAGGCCAGAUGAACGAGCAUAUCUGCGCCACCGCUCUGUACUACUAUGACAGCGAGAACAUCACGGAGAGCAGACUCGCCUUCCGUCAAGAGUCCUCUCACGACGCCCUCGACUUCAGUUAUCCGCAAGAUCAGCACGACUGGCUCGAGGCCGUCUUCGGCUGUGAACAGCAUGGACCUCAAGUGCAGGAGGUUGGGGAUGUCCUCUGCAGGCAGGGUCGUCUGCUCACGUUCCCUAAUACCCUUCAACACCGUGUCGCCCCCUUUAAAUUGGCGGACCCGACCAAACCAGGCCAUCGCAAGAUCCUCGCGCUCUUCCUCGUCGAUCCCCACAUCCGCAUCAUCUCUACAGCCAAUAUUCCCCCACAGCGUCGCGACUGGUGGGUGGAAGAGUUCCACGCGCAGGAUCCAUUGCAUCGCCUUCCACCGGAGCUGACGAUGAAUGUUAUGGAACAAAUUGACUUUCCCAUGCGCAUGGAGGAGGCGAAGGAGUUGCGGCUAGAGCUGAUGGAUGAGCGGAGAGUGUCUGCUGCCGAGCAGACGGAUAUGUUCCAUUCGAAUAGAUUUUCGCUGUGUGAGCAUUGAUAUGGAAUGUUGGAGAGGCGUAUACUCUGUUAGGUGGGGAUGCAUAUUUCAUGCUCGUUGUAAGUAUCAUAGUUAUAUAUGCAAUAUGUAUGUACUGUACAUUGGUAAUGCAUCAAGGCUCUUUAUCAUCUUUUUAUUCUAGAAUCCUUCAAGGAUCACCUACAAAAGUAAAAUUAGCUUUGAUACUGGGCUA